AGCCUCACCCAACGCUGUCCCCGGUGGGCGUCUGCACUCGGGCUUCUGGGGGCUUUCUCAUCGUGCUGUUCUCAGCCUGCUGCUUGCUCUCUCCGAUGGGAAUGGCGAGGCGAGAUCUAGCCUUUAGGGUGGGAAGAGAAUGCACAGAAAGCGCUAGGGAUCAAGGAGGCCGUCAAUAAACGGGAGUUGUUGCUGUGACUUUGGUUGUGAUCUGGGCGUUCCACAAACUGUCUUGGGUCCGGGUGAACUAAUCAGAGGGACCUGUGUUCAGAAGGCUCUCGGUGACAGAGAUCUGGCUUGUUACCGGCACUCAGAGAGGCAGUCGGGAUGGAGGGUCGAGUUGAAGACAGGGAGGGGUGAGGAACGAGCAGAGGCCAGUUGUUUGGCCACUUGAGGGAGUUUGGACUUGUGCCGAGGGCACUAGGGGGCCGUGAAGGGCUUCAAGCCGGGGAGGAUCAUGCCCGUCCCCCCGCAGCCCCGGUCCCCGCGCCUAGAAGACAACGGAACUGAGAAAAGAAGAGGCCUGUGGACAGAACAACCAUGUCUGACUCCCUGGUGGUGUGCGAGGUAGACCCAGAACUAACAGAAAAGCUGAGGAAAUUCCGCUUCCGAAAAGAGACAGACAAUGCAGCCAUCAUAAUGAAGGUGGACAAAGACCGGCAGAUGGUGGUGCUGGAGGAAGAAUUUCAGAACAUUUCCCCAGAGGAGCUCAAAAUGGAGUUGCCGGAGAGACAGCCCAGGUUCGUGGUUUACAGCUACAAGUACGUGCAUGGCGAUGGCCGAGUGUCCUACCCUUUGUGUUUCAUCUUCUCCAGCCCUGUGGGCUGCAAGCCAGAACAACAGAUGAUGUAUGCAGGGAGUAAAAACAGGCUGGUGCAGACAGCAGAGCUCACAAAGGUGUUUGAAAUCCGCACCACUGAUGACCUCACCGAGGCCUGGCUCCAAGAAAAGUUGUCUUUCUUUCGUUGAUCUCUGGGCUGGGGCCUGAAUUCCUGAUGUCUGAGUCCUCAAGGUGACUGGGGACUUGGAACCCCUAGGACCUGAACAACCAAGACUUUAAAUAAAUUAAAAAAUGCAAAAACUCGGA